AUGAGGGAGUUUGACCCUUUGGUCUCCGAGUUUGAGCAUCUCAAACACAAACCACGAGAGGCGGAAGCCCUAACAACUCUCCGGAAAAUCGCAUCUCUUGUCAAGCCAAUAAUGCGCCAGCGUGGCUGGAGAGUUGGCACGCUUGCCGAAUUUUAUCCAGAGCGCAGCCUUCUUGGAAUAAACAUAAAUAGGGGUGAGAAGAUAUGCCUGCGGCUAAGGUAUCCGUUUGACGACAACCAGUUUCUCCCUCUAGACCAGGUUCUUGAUACUAUGCUUCAUGAGUUAUGCCAUAUUGUCCAUGGCCCUCACAACCAGGAGUUUCAUGCCCUAUGGAACCAACUUCGCGAUGAGCAUAUGCAACUUGCUCUGAAGGGUUAUACCGGUGAAGGUUUCUUAUCUGAAGGCAAACGGCUCGGUGGGGCAAGGAUACCCCUCCAUGAGGCUCGCCGCCUUGCCCGUGUUGCAGCUGAUAAACAGAAUACCCUUACAGCUGGGUCCGGGAGGAAAGUUGGCGGGACUCCCAUUCUACGUGGCACAGACAUGCGGAAGGUUAUUGCAGAUGCGGUCCAGAGGCGAAUAACAGUAACCAAAGGUUGUGCUAGUGGAACGAGUGAAGGGAAGAAAUUGGCAGAUGAGGCAUCGAAAAAUGGAUUUAAAACAAAGGCGGAGGAAGAAGACGCGAAUGAACAAGCUAUCAUACAGGCGUACAUUGAUCUGAUUCAGGAGGAAGAAAGGGAGCAAUAUGGAAACUCAUAUAUUGCACCGAGUCCCUCCCACCCUGCUGGCCCCCGCUCGUCACUGUCGCCUCCACCCGUACCCCAAGAUACGAAACCUAUAUUUAAUUCAACGCCACAGCGAAAGCCACCCGAUAGUCCCUGGAAUGAUCUGACAAAUGACCACAGCGUCGACCCAGAGAGCUGGGCGUGCCCGAUAUGCACCCUUGUGAAUCCUUCAAAUUUUCUCUGUUGUGAUGCAUGCUCCUCAGAACGACCUCAGGUGUUUGAGUUCCCUGCUCCCGAUCGUCCAGUCCAACGGGCCCGUGCUGAUCUACGACAUUCCACUCCUGGAGCAUCCCGAAAACCGCGGGACAAAGCCAUACAUGCUCUUAUGUCACUGGAAAAGAAAACCUCCGAGAAGCCUCUCGGCUGGGUAUGCACCUCUUGUGGUACCUUUAUGGAAACUAAGUGGUGGACUUGUUCUGCAUGUGGGACGAUGAAGCAGUCGUCAUGA